AUGAAAAAUUUUGAUGAUCAAAAAUUUGUUAAUGAACUACAGAGUCAGCAUUGGGAAUUUAUAUACUUCUUUGCUGCAGACCCAAAUUCCAUGUGGGAAAUGUGGAAAGAAAUGUUCUUGGAAGUUCUUGAUAAACAUGCACCAAUUCAAAACAAAAAGAUUAGAUCAAAAAAACUUCCUUGGAUAACGAGUAAAAUAAAAAAACUAAUCAUUACAAGGGACAAAUUCAAAAGAAAAGCCAUCUUAACAAAUUUAAAAACAGAUUGUUUCUUGUUUGUUUGUAAUUGUACCAAAGUGAAUAUAGAACUAAGAAAUGCUAAAAAAGAUUAUUACACCUUGAAAAUUGCUGGGAAAAAACACAAUCCAAAACAACUUUGGAAAACUAUAAACAAUUUACUAGGUAAGCAAAACAAACAAACAGUUGUUAACGAAUUAGAUAUAGAAGGAGAGAUUUUAACAAAUCCUCAAGACAUUGCAGAGG